AUGGUCUCCUUCACCACCCUCCUGGCCAGCGUCGCCACCGCCGCCACCGCCAACGCUCUCGGCAUCAACUGCCAGGGCUCCGGCCUCUGCGUCGGCAACAAGGGCCUCCUCGGCCAGGCGCAGGGCCAGCUGCGCGGCAUGGACCAGAACAAGAAGGUGCGCGACGGCGAGCACGCCGUGUGCGUCAAGUCCUCCAUCUCCAUCGGCGACCCCUCGCUGUGCAUCUUCUACCAGAAGACCGGCCGCGAGUGGACCAUCGGCCAGACGGUGCAGUUCGUGCAGAACAUCAUCGAUCACGGCUGCAAGGCCUGCGGCUCCGUCCCCGUCGACCCGGGCAACAACGUCAACAACGGCGAGCUCACCGCCAACAUGGUCACCAACGCCAAGAAGCGCGACGAGGAGUCCGUCGUCAGCGCCGCCGCAGAGUACCCGGGUCCUCGUCGCGGCGUCCGCGCCGAGGUGCUGGCCGCCCGCGCGCUGGGCAUCAACUGCCGCGGCAGCUCGACCUGCAACGUUGGCGGCAUCGGCCACUCGCCGGCCGGCACGCUGGAGAAGGUGCGCGACGCCGUGGCCGCCGGGCCGGAGGGCCAGUGGACCAACGGCCAGCAGAUUGCGUGCGUCGGGCAUGUGACGGGCCGCCUGUGCGCCUUCUACCAGAACAUUGGUAACCGCAGCUUCAACAAGGGCCAGACGCUCAACUACCUGGCCGCCCUUGGCAACCACGGCUGCCGCGUGUGCGGGAGCGUGCCGACGGACGACGGUAACGAUACGAGCAAAGGUGAGCUCACGGUCAACUACGUGGCCUAA